CGAAAGACAGUGGGGAUUACAAACGUUCGUCUGAUGUGUCCGUCCUGAAUAAUGCAAGUCUAAGCAGCCGUUGUUCACCGGCAGGCCGAAUGCAGUGACCAACUCCAUCAACCUGUAAACCCCUCUCUCCCCAUGAACUUAAGAAGUGGUACUCGCCCACUUGUCGGGAGCUUCUCGCCACUUUUUGGGAAACCAUCAUCACUUUUUGUCCCAGGAGUUUAUUGCCAGUCUCGUAACUUUACAUCGCCACGAGCAACCAGGUCCAUACCGGGACUAGCAACUCGAUAUUUAUUCACAAGCCAAGCACAAGGAAUCAGACACAUUGCAGCCAUGGCAACCAAGGACACCCCCAGUGCCAAUGCCGGCGGCAAGAUCACCGACUGGGUCGUGCCCAGCGAUCCAUCAGGCGAGUUCAAGCGCCAGCAGAGCUCGUUCCGCAACUGGAUCUCGAGCGAGCCCGGUGCGCAGUUCCCGCCGGAAAAGGGCAGGUAUCACUUGUACGUGAGCUACGCCUGUCCGUGGGCCAACCGCACCCUCAUUGCGCGCAAGCUCAAGGGGCUGGAGGAUGUUAUUUCCUUUUCGGUGGUGCAUUGGCACAUGGGGCCUAAGGGCUGGCGCUUCCCAACCCCUGAGGAUACCGACGCGGCCGGGGAGAACGUCAUCCCCGACCCCGUCUCCGGCCAUGAGGGCUUCACCCACCUGCGAGACCUCUACUUCCAGGUGAAUCCGUCAUACGAGGGCCGCUUCACCGUGCCCGUGCUGUAUGACACCAAGACCAAGACCAUUGUCAACAACGAGAGCAGCGAGAUCCUGCGUAUGUUGGGAACCGAGUUUAACGGCCUCAUCGACGAAAAGUACCGCCAGAUCGAGUUCUACCCGGAGGCCCUCCGCGCGCAGAUCGACGAGGCGCACGAGUGGCAGUACGACAAGAUCAACAACGGCGUGUACAAGUCGGGCUUCGCCACGACCCAGGAGGCGUACGAGCGCAACGUAGUCGCCCUGUUUGAGGCCCUGGACCGCGCCGAGACGCACCUCCAGAAGACCGCGGCCGAGGGGCCCUACUGGUUCGGCCAGACCCUGACCGAGGUCGACAUCCGGCUGUUCGUGACCAUCAUCCGGUUCGACCCCGUCUACGUCCAACACUUCAAGUGCAACAUCCUGGACAUACGCUCGGGCUACCCGGCGCUGCACCGCUGGAUGCGCCAGCUGUACUGGACGCACGCGGCCUUCCGCGACACGACCAACUUCCUGCACAUCAAGAACCACUACACGCGCUCCCACACCCAGAUCAACCCGCUGUCCAUCACCCCGCUGGGGCCCGUGCCGGACGUCCUGCCGCUGGGGGAGGAGGUGGCCGCUGUGGGUGCUGCUGCUGCGCAGAAAUAGGUGGGCGAGGAAAGAUAGAUGGUGUUGG